AUGCUGACGGGUUCCGUAGCCGCCGCCGAAGCAUCGGAUCGGGAGAACCAGGAGAAUGUGCCCCCGGGGCCGAAGGACGCCCCCCAGUUGUCGGGCGCCCUGGGACACCGGCUGGCGCUGGGGCUGCUGCAGGCGAACCAGUGCUGCUCGGCUCAGCCGCAGGCUUCUCUCAGUCAAAUACCUUGGAGUACAAAUGAUGAAAACUAUGUUGCUGUCCCUGUGGGUAAAAUGGCAAAUAAGCAGCCUGCGUUUACCAUCCAUAUGGAUGAGCCUGAUGGCACAAGACAGAAGAAGCACCUAUCCAAGAAGUUUUCAUCAAGCGAAGAGGCCCUAGGCUUGAAGACUGCUGUAGUUUCAAUGGGAACCAGGAAACCUCUGACACCUAUAGACAAUCCAAUGGAUCUUAGCUCUGUAUCCCCAAGUAUUAUGGAUAUGUCAAUAGUCCAAGAAGUAGAACAGAGAUUCAAUGUUAAUCACGUACCAGACUACAUUGAAGACAUCUAUAAGUAUCUUAGGGAAAUGGAGGUGAAAUGCAAACCCAAAGUGGGUUACAUGAAGAAGCAGCCUGAUAUUACAAAUAACAUGCGUGCUAUUCUUGUGGACUGGUUAGUGGAAGUUGGCGAAGAAUACAAACUGCAAAAUGAAACGUUGCACUUGGCUGUAAACUACAUUGACAGAUUUCUCUCUUCGAUGUCUGUACUAAGAGGGAAGCUUCAGCUUGUGGGAACUGCAGCCAUGCUGUUGGCAUCGAAAUUUGAAGAAAUCUACCCUCCUGAAGUAGCAGAAUUUGUUUAUAUCACAGACGACACUUACACAAAGAAACAAGUCCUCAGGAUGGAGCACUUAGUUCUGAAAGUCCUGUCAUUUGACCUGGCAGCUCCCACAAUAAACCAGUUCCUUACUCAGUACUUCUUACAUCAGCCAGCUAGUUCCCAAGUGGAAAACCUGGCAAUGUACCUGGGAGAACUGAGUUUAAUUGAUGCUGACACAUACCUGAAAUACUUGCCAUCAGUAAUUGCUGCUGCAGCAUUUCAUAUAGCAAACUAUACCAUUUCUGGGAAAAUGUGGACCGACUCUCUUGCUAAAGUGACGGGAUACACGAUGGAAAAUCUUAAGCCUUGUGUCAUGGACCUCCACAAGAUGUACCACAGAGCAGCACAGCAUACACAACAGUCUAUACGGGAGAAAUACAAGGCUGUAAAGUACAAUGCAGUAUCGCUCAUUGACCCGCCAGAGAGACUAAACUUAUCAUAACAAUCAAACUAAGACUCGACAUCUCAAAGGUGUAUAUUACCCAGAAUAGCCAAUGUACAGUUUUAAAUUUUUAUUUAGACUUCAAUCACUCUGGUAUAUUACCAUAGAAAAUUAUGAAGUUUUCUACUUUUAUAAUGUUUUAAUAUAAACUUUUGUACAUGCGAUCUUGUUCUAAGUACUUAGGUAGAGCUCCUUUUAAAGUUCUAUUGAAACAGACUUAAACCAUGCAGCUCAACCACUCAAGUGCCACUGUUCGAAAAGAGUGGUGUAACGGGAU